ACUUUCUCUCUCUAGACUCGUCAUAUAUAAUUUCGCGGCGAUUUCACAUCAAACACAAAACUACACGCAGAGGCUAACAACAAUAACCCCCCCGUCGGAAAACUUUUUGAAGGCGACAUCGAUGGUAUUUUCCGGUAAGAAAAGAGGCGGCGAAGAACGAGUCACAUCGGAGAACGAAGAUAUGGAGAGAUUAAAGCCAUUGCACAAUUUCGAUUUACCCUACUUAAAGUGGGGGAAUCAGAAGCAUCUACGCUGCAUGAAGAUAGAUUCACUCGUCGAUCGGAAUCAAUCACCGGAGCGCGGCGGCGGCGGUGGCGGUGGCGGUGACUUUGGCGGUGGCGCUGUGAUCGGAACUCGGCGGAGAGAUUCGGAGUUUGAAAAACGAAAGCGAUUCAGAUCGAGUGAUGAUAUUCAUAAGGUUUCUUCUUCGUCGGCGAGGAUAAACGUCGCCGGAGACGGUGAGAUAUCGGCGACUAGAGAGAAACUGAUGAUCGAUUUUCAUAAACAGGUUGGUGAGAUAAAGGACGCUAUUCUCCGAGACGGUCUGGUGGAUGCAACCGCAACGACGUCGUUCAAUUCUCCGGCAGAUCGGCCGUGGAAUUUGAGGACUAGAAGAGCUCCGACGAACGGCGUUAAUGGUAACGGUGAGGUUUUGAAACCUAAUUCUUCUCCGGUAACAAACGAAUACAAAUAUCUGUCUAAUAACGGUAACGGUGAGAAAAAAGAGAGAGCGAAGUUUUCGGUUUCACUUUCACGGCGUGAAUUGGAGGAAGAUUUUAUGGCGAUGGCUGGCCGGAGACUGCCACGUAAGCCGAAGAAACGACCGCGUAUUGUUCAAAAGCAAUUGGAUACUCUGUUUCCGGGAUUGUGGCUGUCGGAGAUAACCGCUGAUCUUUACAAAGUUCCCGAUGAGGCCGACACCGGAAAGGCAUAGUGCUCACAGGCUUCGACCCUAGGUGAGGGUUUUCCCCGGUUCGGAGGCAAGUGUACUCGAUAUGGUGAAUUUCGUCAGUAGCCAUUUGAAGGAUCCGUUAGCGGUAAAAAAAAAGAUAAAUCUUUCUUUUUUAGAGGUUGUGUGUAUUUGUUAUGUAUUGUGGAAUUGGUAUUGGGUAGUCUGUUCUGUUCUGCUUCAUACUUAAAUUGGAGGGAAACAUGCGCCUAUUGGAACUUGUCAA